UACUCACCUCCCACAUUGGAGCCGUCGCAUAGGACGCUGUGGCUCCCCAACAAAAGAGCGGUGCAUACCACUGUCGCUGCUUAUUGCGGGGAUAUUUACCGGCGACUCCGCGCUGUUUCUGUGUAGUUCCCGUAGGUUAAGCGCUGCAACGCAUAUGCGUAACACUCGUACAGCCUUUUUUUACAGUACACAUUCAGGCAUCACCUCCACGGACACUGUUUUGUGCAGAUUUCACCGAUCUGCACUCCGUGGCUCCCUUUGGAAGAAAGUGGCUGGGUUCUCCUCGGAGCCAUCCGCCUCUUCUUGCAGCGAAGAGCACAUUUGAUAUAAGAGACAGUCAUGGACACUAACCGGGGAUUCAAAUGCUUGCACAAGGCGGCAUGAUCUGCGGCACAAUGAGGACGGAAUAAGAAAAAUAGGGGAUUUAAUCAAACUAAACAGGUAUGUUGGGAUGACUCGCAUACGUGCGCGUGUUUAUAUUAGAGCAUGUCACAUUUAAAGAUGUUUCACAGCAGCAACUGCAGCCUUUGACAGACGUUGUAACUUUAGUGGCUGGUAAUUCUAGCCUGCAUGGCCAUCACUGGCAAUACAAAAUAGCUGAUCCAAUGAAUUAAAAGUGGAGUGCAUUAAGUUAACCUAAUUGCACUGCAGUGUGCCCCACAUCUGGGCAGCAGCCUCUUGACAUAUUGGCUCUUUGGUGGCAGAACAAAUAUUUACAACUAUAAGAAGAGCAAGCUGGAAUAAUAUAACAUGUGCAUGUCAUGAUGGGGCUUCCUGCUUAGGCAAAGGCUUGUCAUCAGGGCGACUGUGAUUGAAUUUUCUCCACUAUAAGACUGCUUCAGAGGAGAGGAUGGAUGGGGUCUAUCAGCCAGUCUGCAGUUGCUGUAAUGGGGGAUGGGGAGAUUCUAGCCCAGUGGAAAAAAAAUCAUGCUUAGUGAAAUUGGAAACCUUCUUUGUAUGACUUCAAGUGAAGCACAAGAGCGGGCACUAUAAACAGUCAUUCAGUGAAGAAAUCAGCUUUGUUGUAGUGUAGUGUUUGUGAUGGGGGGUGACGGGGGGUCUUCGACUCUUAAGGUGGGGAAAAAAGUACAUCAUUGUACGUUUCGGGGCACAGUGGUUUGUCACUCAGGUGUGCACAUGGUCAAAUAGUACUGUUUUUCAAGGUAGUCUGCUUUUAACACAAAUUUUCCCCACAGGAAAUAAUGCAAUUCAAAUAUAAUCUGUUCCAGGGUGAAACUGUCACCAUCAGAAAAUUAAAAAGCAACAUUCUAAAGUGUCAUACAUGUGCAAAAAUAAGUUAACCACUGUUAAGAGCAAAAACAAUAAAACACGAGACAUUAACGUGAGGGUGAGUCAUGUUGCACAUGUGCCUCAGGCAUCUUAUUUUUUCAACCUGUAAGACGUCCUAGGUCCAUUUUGUGCCUCUCUGUCAUUUUGGCUGUGUUGAAUGUUUAGCUGAAAUUUGCAAGUGGCUGUUAAUUAAAAAAAAAAAAAAAAAAAAAAAAAAAAAAACAGCUCCUUAAAUUACCCUAAAAAGGAGUGAAAAGGCCCAAAAGCGACGCAAAAAAUGAAAACCAUUGAAAAUGCUUUUUUUUUUUUUUUAACACCACAUUCAUUUAUAACUAAAUCCUUUCUGUUCAGAUUUCAAGUUGAGCUACUGACUUUCCAUUUUUGUCCACCGGGUGAUGCUACAUUUUCCCCUUCAAAGCAUGCAGCAACAUUUUUCUGCUACUAAAAUUUGUGUGUUAUUAUACAAAUUUUUGGGGGUGUUUCUGUGCUUUGAAAAAACAGUGGAGCUAUGCAAACAUACUGGCCUUUUAAGAGUUAAAGCCCUCCAGAAUGCAAUUCAUAUUUUAAUAUGUUUAUUUCAGGCUUGAAUAGUUUGAAAAAUUGAUUUGAUUUAAAAUAGAAAAAAUACGAUUUUAUAAAACGGUAUAUUUAUACAGAAGUUGUGGGGCUGAGUGAGGAUAUUUAAAUGACCUCUUGACAGUCUUACUUUUCAUACAAGUGCGAAAAUAAGUGAACACUGCACAAACACUUGGUACCUUUAAUUCUUAUUUUCCCGCUUGUUGAGGCGCUUCUAUUAGAAUACAUGCCCCCCCACAAAAACUAAACACAAAGCAAAAUAUAAGUGCAGAUGUAAUCAUUUGAUGCCAUGCAUGACACUGGAAGUUUUGUGCAACAUUAAAGGCGUAUUUUUCCAGAAAAUUCUGUGUGAACACACAAUUGUAUGACUUCCGGGCAUUUGUGCUUUCUGCUUUCACUUUGUGAGCCUUUUAUGGCCCUGCAUUAGGAAUGGAUCGUGUAUUUACAUCAUUAGCUGAUUUAGAGUCAUUAUUAAUGAUAAUAGUAGGGUCCUGCUUUGGUAAAUAAGUUCUACCAGAUGCACUGUGUGUGUAUUUCAACAGAAUAGCACACAAGUGGCACAAAGCUAGCUUGGAAAGUUUAUGUUCAGAGUAAGUGGCAUAAGGAAAGCAACUAUGACUAAACAGGCUCAAGGCUCCUUGCAGCUGUUCAAGUUAUCACCCACACUAUCGUGUCUGCAGUCCAAGCUAUAGGUUUCACAACAACUGCCAUUACUGCCUCAUGAUUGCGCAUCGAUUAUUUUGUUCUCUGUCGACGCUGUUUGUUAGUUCUUUUCUUUCCAAGUGAUGACAUUAAGGCACAGUUUGCGGUUGUCAUGCCUUCCCUGUGUUUUUCUCAAGGCCUUGUGAUAGAAGAGCCUUGGCACACCUCCUGCUGAAGCUUUUGGACCUCUCAUCUUUGUUGACGUAGCUCUGAUCCUCUGCCAGUCUCUUUCAGACUAAAUACAAAAAAGAAUAUCUGCUUUCCUCAUUACUCACCACUUAAGAGUGAUAACUGGACACUAAAAAAGUUGAUGGUGGUGAGAAAAAGGUGUCAAAAACAAAUAAGUUUCAUGCAGGAGGUUACAAAAUGUGAUACACCUCCUCCCUUCCCUCUUUACGUGCCAUUUAGCAACAGAGCGCCUAUCUCUCAGCUGUUUGGAUGCUCCAGGAGCUGCCACACACAGGACCUAUUGUUCCUCCUCUUGGCCAGGCCCACAGCUCCAUAAUACGGCUUCUGUCCCUGCUCUGAACUGGCCUGACAGUCGGACACCAGGCUCAAUUUGGACCGGUCGGCUGCUGUCCCUUGUGUCUCUCUGCUAGUUGUCUCAUUCUGCGUGUUUCUGUCUGGCUGUGGUUGCGGAGACAGGCAAAAGGGCAUUCACACGACACUUUUAUCAACUUCAAAUGGAUCUCCUUUUGGACAUUUGUGGCGUUGAGAGUGUUAUAAAAACGUUAUGACCCCCAUCCGGACACUAAAAACAGUCAUCUUGAAGCACCUGAGGAGUACAAAAUGGAGUGCACUACUUGGCUGCAACCAGCAGAGGUGCUACUGAGUCAAUCAACUAGUUUGCUGUCUGAAGACGACAACCAACAACAUGACGUGAGCUAUGAGAAGUUGGACUACAUCCAUGAAGGCGUCCUGCUUAAUACACGACUGGCAUUCACAUUCAUCUCAUAACAUAUAAAAAAAGCAACAGUAAUUUGUUUGAUUAACCAUUAAUUUCAGCUAAAUGCCCAUCCUGAGUGUCAAGUGUCUAGUCGAGGUAGCCAAAACAACGAUGGUGGACCACUGUGAGUUUGCUUAUUUGGCAAAAUUUACAUUAACUGCAAAAGGCUAGACCAAAUAUUUCUGAAUGUAAAAUUUUAAAGCCACAUAUUAGCCAAUGAAAGUACGCUUAUAAUUGCGCAUUGCAGUGUGAAGGUAAUCAUGUUGCAUCAAAGUCAUCUUACUGACGCCUAGUGGCCAGAAUACGUCAUAUAACUUGUCUUUCAAUAUUUUUGGACUAAUAACAGGCCAUCGUCAACCAUGAAACAGCAAUCAUUUAUUAAUUCAUUAAUUUUUGAAAAAGCGCGAUAGCGUGAGGGGGCGAUGUAGCGAGGUUGACGACUGUAUUUCCAGUUGGAGGGGGCGUGAAAAAAAUUCUGUCCCCUCAAUUACUUUCAUACCUCCCGAACCACAGUAUUAUGGAAUGUUAUAGCAUUUUCGAUGCAGCAUGUCAUUGUGGACAGCAUAUGUUGCAGCCAUUUUUCCUGCUAAGUAAUGUCAUGCUUACCUUCAUAUGAUUUUCAUGCUAAAUUUAGGGAUUUCUUUCCGGCAAUGAUAAACACUGGAUAGAAUGCAAACAGCCCCAAUGUCAAAUAUCUUGUUUGUUUACUACCAAUGUUGUCACGGGCUCAAGACAGUCAGUUUGCUGCCAAGUACAAAGUAACGCACAGAUCAUCACUCAGCAGCAGUGUGGUGUUUUACAAAUAGUGUCCUGUGAAUGACCUGGAUUAUUCUCUCAGCUGAAUGCCAGAGUGAACAAACUAUAGACGAGGCCACUCCCUUGGUGUUUUUUGUGUUUGGAUUGUAUUUGCAUCGUAUUUGAUACCCUCUUCAGGGCAAUGUGGCUGUGAGAGAACCAGAUAGGGGAUUUUCUAGAGCAGCUAUUGUUGCGAGCAGUAGUGUGUGUUUGUGGCCAUUAGGACAGUCCCACGUUUAUACUGGCAACACGAGAAAAUGAUAAUGUGACUAUCCAUCCUGAAACGUAUGAUAUUUUCUCUCCCAAAGCGCUUGGUGCUGCUGGCUUUGAAAUGAUCUCAUCUGUAGCACUUGGAGCUAGUGUGUAUCUGACUGGAUUUGCUAUUUUUCCAACAACACUGAAGCUCUGCUUAGGUUUGGUUUAGACCAGGGGUCACCAACGUGGUGCCCACGGGCACCAGGUAGCCCCCCACAACCACAUGAGGUGCCCGCAAGCCUGCUUUUCAUUCAGGUUUUCAGUUAAUAAUGAAAGAACAGUAGAAAGAAAUGCAUUCUGAAAUACAAAAUGUGAGUUGUGGACACCAGCAUUUUGUUAAUGUUCUGGUAAAACAAGCAUAUUCGCUUUGUUUGGGUUUAAAAUAAGCUCUGAAAAUAAAUGUUACAAAAAUGAGUAGCUCUUGGCCAUUUUCCUUUUGUAAAAGUAGCUCUCACAAGGAAAAACGUUGGUGACCCCUGGUUUAGACAUAAUAGUGGUUAUAUUACUUCCCACUACGAAGUGAAUUUUUUUUGGUACAUAUAUCCACAUUAUAAAAUGGUAUAUUUAAACAGAAAGACACACUAUGAACCUUGCAAUCCUACCUGCAUCACGUGUUCCCAGCAUCACUCGUUGAGACGCUUUUUUUCCGUUCAACAGCUGCCGAGGUCCAAACAGAAGCUGUAGUAAUUCUGCACUUGAUCAAACUUACAUAAGAUUUGUCGGAUGAAAACACAACCACUGCAUAAGACUUCAAAACGUCAUAUUAGCGUCCACGUGAUGACUCUAAUUCACUACUUCCUCACUCUGCACUCUUAAGCAUCAUGGGAACUGCUCUAAAUUAGCAGCGCCAUUGUCAAAGUAGCGUCCUAUAGUCCGGAAUUUACAAUAAUUUGUUGAUUGAUUGAGUUCAAUAGUGUUUCUCACCUUUCUUUACCAAAAUGCUAGCACUCACAACUUUCUUUGGCCCCAUGGCGGGUUAUUUAGCAAUCAUGCUCAUUUAAAAAAAUGCAUUGGACAGUCAGCAAGGCAUCGGGUGCUUUUUUUGGGCCACUUGAUUUUGCGGAACGAUACAGUGCAGGGCAAACUGAUUCGUUUGUUAAGUGCAAUGUUGUAUACUGUAUACGAAAUACUGUACGAAAUCCAAAGACAAAAUUUUAGGGAAAGUUUUAGUCAAAAACCAUUGGGCGAACAAAAACUGAGGUUUGACUAUGCAAUGCAAACACAAUGAAAAGCAAACCAAACUGAACCUCAGUUUGCAGCAGGGUGCCAAUUGAGUGUUGUUUUCAAUGAACACAUCGGAAAAUAACAGCAAGCAUCCAGCUUUGGAUUGACCACCACACGGCUUCUUUGCUUGAAGUGUUUGCUGGAUGGAAGCCCAGCAGAGACGAUUGGACAAAUGCAUGCACGAUUUAUUGUCUUUGAUGAUGAGUGAGUAAUGACUUAACUCAUCAGUUGGAACACUGUCCUUAUGGAAUCGCUUCAACCGUGUGAGGUCAGAAACGAUGACUGUCAUCGAACCAGGACUAAUCACGGCUGCAGUGCCCGGGCCAAGGGGACAUGACAUUUUCCCAUAUUAUACUAUUUUUCAAUCAUUUUAAAUAACAUCACAGAGGGCCAACAGUAGUGUAUUGAAGUGUGCUGGAAUGUAGACGGCACAUAGUGCUUGCUGGGAACACACUGCUUUGUGUGUCUGUUGCUUUAAUACUAAUGAGCCUGUCUCCAUUGUGCACUUUAUCCACUUCCUUACAUACACACUUAUGCAUGUGAGCUACAGUGCUAACAUUACACUCACAUUUGAACAGCAACAUCAUGCUCGGUCAGCCUAUUUGGUAAAGAAAAACACAGUGAUCAAACUUGCAGCUCAUUUUAAGAUGUGUAGCGAAGCCUUUCCCCUCAAUGCUGUGGCGCAAACAAGUUUGAGAUUUUUUUCACGUUCAUAAAUGGGCUCUACUCAUUAAAAAGUCACUUCUGCAUAAUGGUUAGUAUUUAUAGCAUGGUGGUAUGAUCCAGCAGAAUUGUCGGCGCACUGUGUGAAAAAUAGUUCAGUAAUCAAAUUGAAUCUCAAAGUCAAGCAAAUGGAAAAAAGGGCUAAAACUGGAAAGUGUCCCUUACAUAACCACUUUCAUUUAUAGAUACAUGCCUACAGCAUGGUGCGUGUUUGUGUGUGCGAAGUGCCUGUUAUAUAAGGCUCACACACACACACACACACACACACACACACACACACACACACACACACCACUGCUCUCAAACGUAUGUUUGCACUGUAUGUAGCUUAAGACUUUGUGAAGGUCUUGUGUGUACACUCAUGCAUACGAGGUCACACGUGAAAUCCCUCUGCUGCUUUUGGCCACUGCAGUUGGCUAGAAGACGGCACAUGUGUGAAUGUGAUUCAUUGCCUCUAAGGUCAGAGGGAAACCAUUCAGUAAGUCGGCUAGCGGUUACUGUGAAAAUGUCAUUCUUUUGACGUCGCCACUUGACACGGACAUUGUUCUGUUAGCAUGCUAUGGACCAUAGAAAGUUAAAAUACCAAACAGGAGCUAACGGAUGUGUGGAUUGGAGUCACACGGCUUGACAACACUUGAGACUUUCAGUGAGUGUGUUGAGUAAAAUGUGUCCCCAUUCAAAGUAUUCAACUAAUGUGAUUGUUAUUGUGUAAUUUCCAGCAAGACAACAUAUUUUUCCCUUUGAAUCGGCCUCACUGAAUGCAUCGAUAACAUCCGAUCAGGUUUAAGAACAAAUGACGAACGUGUGGAUUACAUUUCUGUGCACUGACUACAUCCUGGAUGCGAUGUCAGCACUCCUUUCCUGUGAAGUCUUGUGACACUGGUCUUAUUUUAUUUAAAAAAUCUAAUGAUUCAAAAUGCAUUCAUUGAGUGUUGCAUUGUUAAAAUGGCGUUUUAUUUUGGAGACACUAAACAGUGCUUAUGAUUCGUAAAGACACAAACAUUUCAAGCCUGUGACUUCAGACUUUUCUCGACCUGCCUUGUCUUGACUUGGGACUUGACUUGGACUCGCAUGUCGUUGCUUGAGACCUGGCUCGAGACUUACUUGAGACUCGCAAAACACUGACUUUGUCCUACCUGUGGGAGUUAGCAUGAUACAGUCGGGUUAGUUUCUGAAUGGUACGCCUUCAAAUGUGGAACUUCCACUGUAAUGUUUAAGGCUGUAGUCUUCUUCUUUCGUGUUUUGCUGUGCUAAUGCUCAGGAGUAAAUCCAGCAUAGCGCACAAUCCACACGCUACACUGACUCUCACCUUCUUUAUCAAAAUGCUGGCGCCUGCAACUUUCUUUGGCUCCAGUUUGGGUUAUAGUAUUAAGGUGAGAAACACUACUGAAUUCUAGGAAUAACUCCUGACAAAACAGGAAGGUGGAGUCCGUGUGGCGUCUCACUGCCACAUUGUGUCUCUGGGAACCGUCACGUCAAGAAUCACGUCAUCAAUGACGUUAGAAGUAAACUUAAAUGUUUAUUUAUCUCUUUCAUUCAUCAUUUCUUUAUAUUUACAUGCAUUUCAAAUUGUUUUCUGCAUGUAAAACUGUAAUUGUAAAAGUAUAAAAACGUGUUUUGUGUUCACAUUUUUGGCUUUCUGGAACGGACUAAUUGGAUUUACAUGAUUUCUUAUUGGAAAAAUGGAUUUGGUUAGCGUCCAUUUCAGUUAGAGUCGGACCUUCUGGAAGGAAUGAAUGACGCUAACCAAGGUUCCACUGUAUGUGUGCCAUAGUCAAAGAACUCUUCAAAAGAAAUGUGUACAGCACCGAAUGUUGCAGGGUAUUUUGUGCAGUAUGUUGUUAUCUGAAGUAUCGGUACACUAAUACACAUAAAUUGUCUUUGUUAAUGUAAUAAUACUAAUACUAGCAGUACACAUACUACAGUAUGUUUUUCUUCUGGCUUUCCUAUAGAGCCGAUGUAACCUGUUAUUAUAACUUAUCUGCCAAUAUCUGGUGUUUUAUAUUGCUAUCAAAAAGACCUGCAAUGUAUAUCAUAAAAUGGAUUUCAGGACAUAUCACCCAUCCCUAAAUCCCAGUUAUUAUUUUAGCACGCUGCCUUGACGGGUGCAUGAGGAGCGAGGUGGUACAAAGAUGACAGGUUGUGCACCUGCUUCAUAAAUAACAUACACACCCCUCGUGGCAGAAUUGGAAAUGCAGCAUGACACAGGGAGCGCACGCCACCUCAAGUUGUAUCCAGACAAGCUGGGUGCAAGACUAACAUAAACAACAACAUGCUCAACCAAACCACACGGGCAGAAGUGCAGCAUGACUUCUUCGACUACCUAAGAGUAAUAACUUCUGAAUCAGCCAUUAUGGGCAAGACACAGCAGCGCAGUGUUGGAGUUAAAGCUUUACCAAUGAGUUGCCCGGAGGAAAACGCACACACACAGACAAACACAUACACACACACACACACCCUCCUGCAAUCCUCCACUCUGCCGGGUAGAGAAAGGUCAAAAGUCAUUUCACUGUUGUGUGCUGUUCUUAUAAAUGCAAACAGUGGCUUGAGGCAAGAGCUCCCUUUGAGUAGGUAAGCCUCAGGGGGAAUCUGGGGGGAUGACGAUAGUCACUGACAUACAUACCUGGUCUAUUACCACUGCUGCAGCGAGCCAGUCAUGCUAUGGAUAAUUCUUUUCUGUGUUAAAGGGACUACUGUAUAUGCACUGGGUUCCGUUCGAAUGUGCUGCAAGUAGUAUAUUAUUCGGGCUGAACAAAAAUUUACAACAACUUUUAUGCAGUUUAAUUCAUAAUUGGGAAAAAUAUAGACUUUUUUUUUCAUACAGUCUGUUCUUUCAAACCACUAUUGGUAACAUAUUCUAGACGUUGAUGGUGUUCUUAUAUUUUUGGUAUAAAUCCAGUUGCAUACGGUCCCUGCAAAGGAGGUCAUGCUUUGUUUUAACGUGUACAGCAAAGCUACUACAGUAAUCCCUCGUUUAUCGCGGUUAACUGGUUCUAGGCCUGAUCGCGAUAAGUGAAUUUCCAGGAAGAAGGACUCAAUAUUAAUAAACGGAAUAUUUUUGUAGUUGGAGCAUAGAAAACCUGUUUAUGACUUUCUCAAUACAAUUUUUACUGUUCUUAGAGCCUCCCUAGACAUGAAAUAACCCCUAUGGUGACCUUUACACUCAUAUUACCCAGUUUGUGUGUGUUUCAAUAAAUGUCUUCUGGACGUGUUGACAGGAAGUGACGUGGAGGAUUCAGUGUUGAGUUUUAGGGCCACAACAGUAGCUUGUGUUAUUAUUAUUAUUAUUAUGAUUAUGAUGAUGACUAUUAUUAUUGCCAUUAUUUUAUGAUUGUUUUCACCUUGAAAAUAGCAGCACCUCUCCAUUCCUUUUUGGAUAAACAAACACAAAAUACGACCCUUCACUUACUGUAUUUGUUCUUUACUUUGGCUUCGGCACAUGUCUUACACUCAGCUGCCAAACUAUACUACAGUUAUCUUCUUCUACCCGACAAAAGCAGCACUAGCUGCACAUUAAAUGCUGAAGCUAAUCAUGGUUUUCUGUCCACACUUGGCCAGAAGGCUCGACACGGAUCGAUGCUGAGCUCCAACAAAAGGCAGCGAUAUAAAAAAGAGACAACUGUGAGAAAUAUAUUUUAGGUUCCCACAGCUAUCCCGGCUGGGACCCUUGGGCUCUAAUAUACAAUAUACUGUAGUGAUGGGCUCCACUGCGUGGGAAACAGGAGGAGGAUGCGGAUUAUGACGAGCAUGCUGAGUAGGUGUUGAUCUAAUUACAUCGGGGGGCUGAGAGAGAAUGGCCCAUCUCUGAUUGUGACUGACAAGCGCACACAAUGACUCAGACAUGCUCACAGACACACUCAGGGAUACGACAAUGACAGCCAAAGCCCUGACUGACCAGGUGACGGCGUUGCAGCAGAAGCAUGCCGCUGGUGAAGCGCACCAUUGAGCCGAGGCAUCUGUGCCACACAGUGCUGCCGAGGAACAUCAAGAACGAGCUGGAGUGCGUGACCAACAUCUCCUUGGCCAGCGUCAUCCGCCAGCUCAGCAGCCUCAGUAAAUAUGCAGAAGACCUGUUCGGGGAGCUUUUUAAUGAGGCCCACUCCUUCUCCUUCCGGGUCAACUCCCUGCAGGAGCGUGUGGACCGCCUCUCCAUCAGCGUCACACAGCUGGACCCCAAAGAGGAAGAAUUGUCACUACAGGACAUCACCAUGAGGAAGGCCUUCAGGAGUUCUACUAUCCAAGACCAGCAGCUGUUUGACCGCGAGUCGCUGCCCGUCCCCAUGCAGGAGACCUUCCAGGCCUGCGAGCAACCGCCACCUCUCAACAUCCUGACGCCUUACAGGGAUGACGGGAAGGAAGGCCUCAAGUUCUACACCAACCCUUCCUACUUUUUCGACCUGUGGAGAGAGAAGAUGCUGCAGGACACGGAAGACAAGCGCAAGGAGAGGCGGAAACAGAAGUUGCAGGACCCCCGCAUGUAUGAUCAGGUCUAUAGGUACUUAGACCUCCCUGGGCAGCUGAAGGCAAUAGACCGCCCGCAGGAGCCCGAGAAGGUGCCUCGGGCGCCCCACGACCGCAAAAAGGAGUGGCAGAAGCUGGCGCUCGGUGCGGAGCUGGCGCAGGACGUGCCCGACGGCAAGCACAGGGAGGCCAACGGCUCCGCUGGCUACCCUGACAACAGGGCCCAGCUGUACAUGGAACAUUUGGACGGGCCGUUCUCGCUGGCGGCGCUGCCGUACAGCCAGAUGAACGAGCUGCUGAGCCGUAGCGGGGACAGAAUGUAUUCGAGGCCCAAUGACCCUCCACCGCCUCCGCCAGCCAUGCACCCACUGGGAGAGAUCAAGCCGCCCUCUGUCAUCAGUUCCAGUUCGGGCUUUUCAGACAGCAGACCUCAAUCUCCAGCGAGGACAGCAGGCCUCAACAAUACUCACCCACCUCCGCCGCCUCCUCUCCCCCCACCGCCGCCCCCUCUACCGUCCUCCGGCUUACGUGGCACCCCUCCUCCCCCUGUUCCCCCCCUACCCAUCCAACACCACCCCUCGGCGAUCCCCCCCGCCCCGGCCCCUCUCCAGAUUGCCCCGGGUGUGCUCCACCCAGCUCCUCCGCCGGUGGCGCCCCCGCUCCACGCCUCCUCCUCCCCGGCCCGCCUCCAGCAGGUCCUGGACAAGGGCCCGCAGCCGGAUGGCACCGUCCUGCCUCCACCGCCGCCACCUCCUCCUCUGCCCCUCGCCGGAGCGCGCAGCUCCUCACCCUGUCCGUCGGGGCCCCCACCUGUGCCAGCGUUCCCGUCGGCGGGGGCGAUGGCGUCCCCGCCCCCCCACUCCUCCAUGCAUGAUAUGGGAGCCAAAAGGCACCAUCCUGCCAACCUGCCACCCAUCAGCGAUGCUCGGAGUGUUCUGUUGGAGGCCAUCCGAAAAGGUAUUCAGCUGCGAAAGGUGGAGGAGCAGCGAGAGCAAGAGGCUAAACACGAGCGAGUGGGCAACGACGUGGCUACCAUCUUGUCCCGACGCAUCGCCGUGGAGUACUCCGACUCGGAGGACGAGUCGGAGUUUGACGAAGGGGACUGGAUGGAAUGAUACACAGCCUGCGGACACUUGCUUGUUGUUCACUUUCUGUUCUUUUUUGUCUGUCUUGUUGUGGAGAACCUCCAUUACUGUCCUUGUUGUCGUCUUUCUAGUGGUCUAGAAUUCAUUCGGUUCUGUUUUCUUUCUAGAUGAACCACUAUUUUUUGUCUCCUACCUGUAACGUGUAAAAGAAAACAAAAAAAACAAGAAGGCAUGUUGCAUUUAGUUCUUUUGGCACAUUUUCACCACCUAGUGGAUGGACAUGGUAUUACAUGAUGCUGUUUCUUUUUUAACAACGUACCUGUAGUUUUCUCAGGCUAAUUGCCGCCGCAUUGAUUGCUUCAUGUAGCCUCAGAACAAGAUAGUGUGUGUUUGAUUGAGGGAUGAACGUUGACGGAGACUGCACGUCCAUUAACCGACCUUUAACCCCAGGGAAAUGUACGCCAAGAGAUGGAGCGUCUCUGCCUGUCCAGGUUGUGUGGCUUCCUGCAAGGGCCGCACAUGCUCAUAUCCAUAUCAGGAAAGCAGAAACUCUGAGCCAUCCUUUUUUUAAAAUAUCCUUUUGCUUGUACUUGCCACAAAUAUGAACACUUGUGAGUGGACGCCUCGGUAAUUGUCCCAAAUUAAUAGUAAGUAUGCAGGAUUUGGAUUCCAGGUACAACCCGUACACACCACCAACAAUGAAGGCAGCUUCCCCCUACACACACACACACACACACACACACACACACAGAUACCCCUUUACUGUGUAACGAGAGGCCUUACCUCGUUUGCUUCAACAAAAAAUGUCCGAUUCAGCCUUUUCAGGCUUGAAAAGACUUCAGACUCUCUGUCAUCAUUUCUGUCUGUCCCGGUCUUUCUUCUACUUGCCUUAUCGUCCGUACAAAAAACAAAACGUGUUGUUGAGUUGAUGAAUGUAUCGUGCCGUUACUACUUACUUGCCUGCGCUUGUAUGGAUUUGCUGUUUCUAUGUUUGGGGGAUGAGGGAGGGAUGGCAGGAGGGAAGGGUGGCAGAAAAGCCCGGUUCGGAAGAUAAAAAAAAAAAAAAGAUUACUAUCAUGUAACUGUUACAAUUUGCUUGAAUUAAUAAAACUCUAAUGAACCAUCAACACGUGGACCCUAUUUGCCCACCAGAGGGGAAAUAUAGCUAAUUUACUGAAUGUAUGCAGGCUUAAUAGGAACUAAGUUGGGCAUUUUGUACUAACGUAUCUUAAAAAAGGUGGCGCUUGUUUGAGCAAAACAACGCCUGUUUGAUGACAAAUUGAAAUCAUUCAUGAAGCUGCCAUAACAACAUACGUCACACGUGAUCAUACGCACCAUACGUCACUCUACCCUGAUGCUGGCAAUCGCCUUAAGUAUCAUAAGCCCCUCUUUCCAAAGAUCACUUCCAGCAAUGCUGUAUGUCGUUUUCUUACACCAGAAAAAUCUGCAGUCAUUUUACAAAAAGUCAAAAUAUUAAGAGAAAAAAGCCGUAAUUUUAUGAGAAUAAUGUAAUAUUAUGAGGAAAAAUAAUUUUAGAACCACAAAGGGGAAAUAUUAAAGAAAAAAAAACUUAUUUUUCAAAGUUGUAAUAUUAUGAGAAAGUAAUUUUUGGAUAAUUAGGUUGCGGGGAUACGGGAAUAAAGUGAAAAUAUUAUGGGAAUAAAUUCAUAAUAUUGUGAGGCGCAAAUAUACAAAGUUAUUUAAGAAGAAAAUGUAAAUAUUUGGAAAAUUAAAAAAAAAACUGCAAAAACGGGGGGGAAAAAUGUCAAAUUUCAUACUAAUAAUAAGUUUUUUCACUUAUAUAAUAAAGCUGAGAUGCAGCUUUUCUUGAAAUAUAUGUAACUUCUUAGCAUAGCUACGUGCGGUGCUUUCCAAAAUAUCAAAGUGGUAAAGUUGCAUCCUUUCAUUUUUCGCUGGAAAAGGGGUGUUUGGACACCCCUGCUUUGCACCGUUGUCGUCGUCAGUUUGAGCCUGCCCACAUGCUUCUCUCCGACGAAAGCAGAGACGGUGCAGUCAUUCCAAAGUAGCUGUGAAUAAUCAUUAUGAAAAAUGACCAGGAUUAUGGAAUAUUCCACCUGCCUCCUACACUCAGUACAGUAAUUCAAAAACCAGAGCUGCUCUGCUGCUGAUAGUCAAAGUAGGUAGUCUUCUUGGCUAUUAUCAACACAGCAGCAGAGUGCUGCCUGGGACAUCUGAAAUUGUUUCCUGCGAGUAAAAAAGCAGGUCAUCCGCACUCUUGCAUGUGCUUUAACACAUUUUAAUUACAAGUGACUGAGGGGCGUCGCAAGAUUAAAACAUUACGAGAUUUCUCGUCCAGAACAAAAACUGUCUUGCCAUAAAUAAAUAAAUGAAUCCCACAAUAAGUGAACGUGACCUUGAUCAUUUUCCAUAUAUGCCAUGUGCAUGCGUGUCUGUUUUCCUCAUCUCUCGCCUCAAAACAUGCAGGAAGAUUGUUCACUCUGCAUUGAUUCAGCACCUUCAUAGAACAACAGCAACCAGAGUGACAGCGCUCGUCAGUGAUGCAGUCUCUUUGUCUCUGUGGGGUAGGCGGGGUCGCUAGCAUACACAUAGCAAAAGAGUGGAGCCUUGUGAGGAGCAAUGCAAGGGAAGGUAGUCGAAAUUAGGAGGAAAAAAGAUGCUUGCAAAGCCAAAUGCCACACCCCCCAGGUGGGAACAUUAAUGAGCAAGAUGAUCCCAUCAACACAAGCGAGGCAGUAUGCUGAUUUUAUUUAAAAGGGGUAGCAAUAAAACAAACUUGCCCACCUCAAACAAGUCUACCCGCCCCAGUUUUCCUAAAAAAACUACACACAGAGAUGACAGUCAACACUCACUGAGACGUUUGGUCAGCAAAGAAAAUACAAACGGAGCAGCGCAAAAUGGUGUUCGCCCACAGAAAGUCAUCGCAAAAGAAACAGUUGAAAAGCCAGCAUUUCAAGAAAUGCUGCAAACAUUUGACAGACAGUACCAAUUGCCUGUGAGAAAAUACAUGACACAAAUGCCAAUUCCACACCUUUACAACUGUGAAAGAUGACAUGUUAAAGGAAAUAUUGCAUUAUUAUGAUAUAUUACACAUUUAUUAUUACUAUUAUAUUCUCCCACUCACCCACCCACUCUCACUAUUUUAUAUUUAAACUAUAUAAAACUACCAAUAAAGACAAUUACCAAAACAAUAAUAUAAUAAUAUUAGUAAUAAUAAUAAAUAUUAUAUCAUUGGAUAUACUGUGCUAUUACUA